AUGAGCUUCAGCUUCAGAAAGCUUCAGCUUCUCCCCCAGUACCAUGAGCUUCAGCUUCAGAAAGCUUCAACUUCUCCCCCAAUACGGUAUAGUGAAGAUAGUCACCCACAGAUACGGUAUACUGAAGAUAUUUACCCACAGAUACGGUAUACUGAAGAUAUUUACCCACAGAUACGGUAUACUGAAGAUACUCACCCACAGAUACGGUAUGCUGAAGAUACUCACCCACAGAUACGGUAUACUGAAGAUAGUCACCCACAGAUACGGUAUACUGAAGAUACUCACCCAGAGAUACGGUAUACUGAAGAUACUCACCCACAGAUACGGUAUACUGAAGAUACUCACCCAGAGAUACGGUAUACUGAAGAUAGUCACCCACAGAUACGGUAUACUGAAGAUACUCACCCAGAGAUACGGUAUACUGAAGAUAGUCUCCCACAGAUACGGUAUACUGAAGAUACUCACCCACAGAUACGGAAUACUGAAGAUAGUCCCCCACAGAUACGGUAUACUGAAGAUAGUCUCCCACAGAUACGGUAUACUGAAGAUACUCACCCACAGAUACGGUAUACUGAAGAUAGUCACCCACAGAUACGGUAUAUUGAAGAUAGUCUUCCACAGAUACGGUAUACUGAAGAUAGUCUCCCACAGAUACGGUAUACUGAAGAUACUCACCCACAGAUACGGUAUACUGAAGAUAGUCUCCCACAGAUACGGUAUACUGAAGAUACUCACCCACAGAUACGGUAUACUGAAGAUAGUCUCCCACAGAUACGGUAUACUGAAGAUAGUCUCCCACAGAUACGGUAUACUGAAGAUAGUCUCCCACAGAUAUGGUAUACUGAAGAUACUCACCCAGAGAUACGGUAUACUGAAGAUAGUCUCCCACAGAUACGGUAUACUGAAGAUACUCACCCACAGAUACGGUAUACUGAAGAUAGUCACCCACAGAUACGGUAUAUUGAAGAUAGUCUUCCACAGAUACGGUAUACUGAAGAUAGUCUCCCACAGAUACGGUAUACUGAAGAUACUCACCCACAGAUACGGUAUACUGAAGAUAGUCUCCCACAGAUACGGUAUACUGAAGAUAGUCUCCCACAGAUACGGUAUACUGAAGAUACUCACCCACAGAUACGGAAUACUGAAGAUAGUCCCCCACAGAUACGGUAUACUGAAGAUAGUCUCCCACAGAUACGGUAUACUGAAGAUACUCACCCACAGAUACGGUAUACUGAAGAUAGUCACCCACAGAUACGGUAUAUUGAAGAUAGUCUUCCACAGAUACGGUAUACUGAAGAUAGUCUCCCACAGAUACGGUAUACUGAAGAUACUCACCCACAGAUACGGUAUACUGAAGAUAGUCUCCCACAGAUACGGUAUACUGAAGAUAGUCUCCCACAGAUACGGUAUACUGAAGAUAGUCUCCCACAGAUACGGUAUACUGAAGAUAGUCUCCCACAGAUAUGGUAUACUGAAGAUACUCACCCAGAGAUACGGUAUACUGAAGAUAGUCUCCCACAGAUACGGUAUACUGAAGAUACUCACCCACAGAUACGGAAUACUGAAGAUAGUCCCCCACAGAUACGGUAUACUGAAGAUAGUCUCCCACAGAUACGGUAUACUGAAGAUACUCACCCACAGAUACGGUAUACUGAAGAUAGUCACCCACAGAUACGGUAUAUUGAAGAUAGUCUUCCACAGAUACGGUAUACUGAAGAUAGUCUCCCACAGAUACGGUAUACUGAAGAUACUCACCCACAGAUACGGUAUACUGAAGAUAGUCUCCCACAGAUACGGUAUACUGAAGAUAGUCUCCCACAGAUACGGUAUACUGAAGAUAGUCUCCCACAGAUAUGGUAUACUGAAGAUACUCACCCACAGAUACGGUAUACUGAAGAUAGUCUCCCACAGAUACGGUAUACUGAAGAUACUCACCCACAGAUACGCAACAGUUGA